AUGAACUCAUCAAUUAAUUCUUUUCGUCUUCCCGUUGACUGUGUUAGAGAAAUAUUCUAUCAUUUGCUCGGCAACUAUGAUGCACUUUUCUCUUGUGCUUUAGUCAACAGAUCGUGGUGCAAAACAGCUAUUCCUUUGUUAUGGUGUGAUGUUUUUAGUGGCGAAUCUCCAUCUGCUGAAAAAAGAAUAAUGAUCAUUUCUACGUGUAUAAAAUGCCUCUCAGAAAUUCAAAGGCAAACCUUGAUAAACAACAACAUAAACCUUCAAGAAGAUUUCAAACCAGCUCUAUUUAAUUAUCCAAAGUUUUUAAAGUUUUUGAACUGCAAUAAUUUCGAUAAAGCAUUACAAGCUUGGUGCGAAAAGUCUAUUAAGCCUAAUACUGAUAAAAUGGAAUUUCAAAACACAUUAAAUAUUUGCAAUCACAUAAUCGGUCAAUAUAUCUUGAAUCACUCAACUGGUUUAUAUACAUUAUGCCUAGAUGAACAUAGCAGUGAUGGACAAUGUCUUAUGCAUCUUCCCCCAGAUGUAUAUCCGGAAGAACUUUGUUACACUUUUUCGAAAUUGACUGAAUUACAUAUAAAUAAAUGGUUUCCAAUAAUCACUCAAAAUUUAUCAAGUGUAUUACUAUUUUUUGAGAAAUUAUCUUUAUGUUCUCGUCGUAUCACAAAACUUACAAUCUCAUUAAACCAAGUUGGCAAUACUGCUUAUCAUCCUGAAGUAUUCAAGCACUUAUUCUCGCUAAUCAAUUCUCAGUGCAAUCUUCAAUCAUUUACUAUGACUUUUCCUAUUAAUUUACAAUCAUCUUUAUUAUUCUCAUCCCUUUCAAAUCAAUCUCAUUCUUUAAAACACCUCGAAUUAAAUAGAUUUUAUGAUAUCCCUAUUUUACUUCCUUACUUAUCAUCUUUUAAUUUAGAAACUCUGAAAUUCGUUUAUUCUAAUGAUCUAAUUAUACAACCUAAUCCAAGUCCUUUACCAUCUUUAUCCUCAGAAACUCGAUUUAGAAUUAAAAAUCUAAUUAUUUCUGAGCCUCCUGAUUCUACACUCCAUCCAUUUUUUUCUUUAAUCACAAAAAUGUCUGGAUCAAAUUUGACGAAGUUAUCUUUUAAUGGUUGCGAUGAAACUUUGACAAAAACAAUAGGCGAUAGUUGUUUAAAUCUUACUUCCUUAACAAUAAUGACUAAUUUCUCAAUAUUUGAAUGUUUUUUGAAGUCACUUUCAAAAUUGAAAAAACUCAAAUACUUGGAUGUAAAAAAAGCAAGAAACGAUAUUGAAUUUACAAAUGACAUGAGUUUACAAUUUGCGAAAACAAUUCCAAACACUCUUGAAGAAUUGGAUUCUGAUUUAAUAACUGAUCAAAAACAUUUAGAUAUAUUUAUUAAAGAAUUCAAACCACCUUUAUCGGAAUUAACUAUUCAUCCAAAUGAAUUCUGA